UACUUAAUUUUAGAUACACAGAAGCACACAUUGGCUCCAGGGCACUUCCUCUGAUUUAGGAAGGCAAGUCCCUGGAUAAGAAUGACAAGAUGAUCAUUCCAAAAGGAAAGCAGUCAAGACAGUGCAGGAGGUGAGACCAUCUUAUAGGAAGAGCAGUUGUCCAGCCUCUGGAAGAAAAAGCUCAGUGGAGAUCUGACAGCCUUCCUGGGGGAUAUUAACAGGGCUCCUGUGUUGCAGAGGAACAAUACUUUCUCAGCGUAGCUCUGAGAAAGAGAACCAGAAAAAGGGACCACUGACAGCAGCUGUUUGCAAUAGUUGACAAGGAGAAGGAAUAGAGGGAAAAGAUAGAGAAAAGAAGAGAUUUUGUUUCCUCUCAGAAAACCAAUGGUCCAAGUGAAAACACAAACACAAGAAUGGAUACUAAUGAUGACCCUGAUGAAGACCAUCUUACAAGUUAUGAUAUUCAGCUAAGUAUUCAAGAAUCCAUUGAAGCCAGCAAGACUGCACUUUGUCCUGAAAGAUUUGUACCCCUAAGUGCUCAAAACAGAAAACUUGUGGAGGCCAUAAAACAAGGUCACAUUCUUGAGCUCCAGGAGUAUGUAAAAUAUAAAUAUGCAAUGGAUGAAGCUGAUGAAAAAGGAUGGUUUCCAUUGCAUGAAGCUGUUGUUCAACCUAUUCAACAAAUACUUGAGAUUGUUCUGGAUGCAUCCUAUAAGACACUCUGGGAAUUCAAGACCUGUGAUGGAGAAACACCCUUGACUUUGGCAGUCAAAGCUGGUCUGGUGGAAAAUGUAAGAACUUUAUUAGAAAAGGGAGUGUGGCCCAACACAAAAAAUGACAAAGGAGAGACCCCCCUUCUGAUUGCUGUAAAAAAGGGCUCCUAUGACAUGGUGUCGACUCUGAUCAAACACAACACUAGCCUAGACCAGCCCUGUGUCAAGCGAUGGUCAGCAAUGCAUGAAGCAGCCAAGCAAGGCCGAAAAGAUAUCGUAGCUCUGCUGCUGAAACAUGGAGGCAAUGUCCACCUGAGAGAUGGAUUUGGAGUCACACCACUAGGCGUCGCUGCCGAGUAUGGUCACUGUGACGUAUUAGAACAUCUAAUCCACAAAGGUAGUGAUGUGCUUGCUUUGGCGGAUGAUGGGGCGUCGGUGCUGUUUGAGGCAGCAGGAGGUGGCAAUCCCGACUGCAUUUCCCUCCUGCUGGAAUAUGGAGGAAGCGGAAAUGUACCUAACCGAGCAGGACAUCUUCCCAUACACCGAGCUGCCUAUGAGGGGCAUUAUCUUGCACUGAAAUAUCUUAUCCCAGUAACAUCUAAAAAUGCAAUUCGGAAAAGUGGGCUAACACCAAUUCACUCAGCAGCAGAUGGACAAAAUGCACAGUGUCUAGAACUGCUCAUUGAAAAUGGUUUUGAUGUCAACACUCUACUUGCUGACCACAUUUCCCAGAGCUAUGACGAUGAGAGGAAGACUGCGCUGUAUUUUGCCAUUUCUAAUAAUGAUGUUCAUUGCACAGAAGUCCUUCUGGCUGCAGGUGCAGACCCAAACUUAGAUCCCCUCAACUGUCUACUUGUGGCAGUGAGGGCCAAUAAUUAUGAAAUUGUCAGGCUGCUUCUCUCCCAUGGAGCUAAUGUCAAUUGUUAUUUUAUGCAUGUGAAUGACACUCGUUUCCCCAGUGUCAUUCAAUAUGCCCUAAACGACGAGGUAAUGCUGAGGCUAUUGCUGAAUAAUGGCUAUCAAGUGGAGAUGUGCUUUGACUGCAUGCAUGGUGACAUCUUUGGAAAUUCAUUUGUGUGGUCAGAGAUACAGGAAGAGGUGCUGCCAGGAUGGACAUCUUGUGUAAUAAAAGAUAACCCGUUCUGUGAGUUUAUUACAGUUCCUUGGAUGAAGCACUUGGUAGGCAGAGUUACUCGUGUACUAAUAGAUUACAUGGAUUAUGUUCCUCUGUGUGCUAAACUGAAGUCUGCACUAGAAGUACAGAGAGAAUGGCCAGAAAUCCGCCAAAUACUAGCUUGGAGAUUGCAAGACAGAGAAAAAUGGUGCGGCUUAGAUAAGUUAAUUUCUCAAGAGAAUCCUUGUUCAUUGAAGCAUUUGUGUCGGUUAAAAAUUCGAAGGCUUAUGGGUCUCCCAAAACUCUGCCAGCCAGCCUCAGUGGAGAAGCUUCCUCUACCACCAGCUAUUCAAAGAUACAUAUUAUUUAAAGAGUAUGAUCUCUAUGGACAAGAGCUAAAAUUGACAUAACUUAAUAUUUUAAAAUGUGAUUUAAAAAAAAUGUUGAAAUGUGAUUCCCUCAGAUAAUUUCUUGUAACCAUUUUACAUCCUUAAUUGUAAAGUGUAUUUAAAUUCAUUGACAGUUUUAUAGGUUAUCAUGUGUUCUUAUGGGAACACCAUGAUUUAUGUCUUUAAAGACAUUUGCAUUUUUUAAAGAUAGUAUUUUGAACUUAGAUUUGUAUAUUUGUUUGCUACAAGUCAUCAAACUCUCCCUAUCAAGUGGCUCCUACAAUAUCCACAAUCAAGUCUCUAUGUUUAAAAAACAGAUAACCACUUUCUCAAACCCACAUCUGCCAGUUGCUGGCCAGAUUCUCCUGUCUUUCACGGUCUUGCUGUGUAAAAGAGCUCCUCCUGCCUGUAAGUUCACAGACUGUGAUCUGGCAUCUGACCCUCCACUGCUUUUCUCAAGGUCCCUGACAAUCUCUUUGUUGCUAAAUUCAGUGAACAUUCUUCAGUCCCUCUUCCAAUCGAUUCCUACAGCAUCUAACAUUGUUGCCUGUUCCUUGCUUGAAAUGAUAUCUCUUUCCUUGUUUCUCGCAAAACCUGUUCUCUUGGGUGUCCUCCCACCUCCCUGGACACUCUGUCUCUGGCUUCUUUCUGCCUAGCUCAUCUCUAGCCAAUCUUACAGUUAUAUAUCUUAAGCCCUCUUCUCUUUGUUCUUUAAGUUAUAUAUCCUAAGCCCUCUUUGCUUUGUUCUCUGGGAUAUUUUAUCCACAUCCAUGGUCUUAAUCAUUUUGCUAGAGACUACAAAAUUUCCAUCCGAAGCUCAGCUCUUUCUCUCAUGUUCUCCUGACCUAUGUAGACAAUUGGCCUCAUGAACAUUUGAACACAAAGACACCUCAAAUUCAACAUGUCCCCAGAUGAACUAAAAAAAAAAAAAAAAAAAAAAAAAAAAACUCUUUCUCGAGCUCAGUAGUUAGCACAAUGCUCGAUUCAGUUUCCAAAGAAAAAAGCCUGGACAUUAGGUUUGACCAUCCCAUUUUCCUCACCCAAUAAGACAAAUCACCAAAUCCUAUUAAGUUUAUCUCCUGAAGUCAUCUUCCACUCAGCGCCCCCCCCCUCAACCCACCCCGCAUUUGGCCCUAAGUCUAUUAUCUUCUUUUUCCUGGGAUAAUACAAUGCUGCUUAUCUGGCUCCCCUGCCUCUGUCUUACCCUGUCCCAAACACUUUCUACAUACAGCAUCUCAGAAGAGUCUUUUACAAAUAUAAUAUUCACUUCUCUGCUUAAGAUCAUUCCCAUUGCUCUUAAAUUCCAAAGUUCUUACUUGAACUUUCAUGAUCUAACUCCUGCCUUCUUCUUUAGCCUCAUCUCUGGAUGUCUACCUUUCCUCCUUUCCCUUGAACCUUCUAGAAUUUUAUUUUUUAAACAGUGAUUCCCAGACUUUAAGGUGUCAUAUACUAAUAGGUUUUAUUGUGUUGAUUUUUCAAAAAGAGUCAUUAAAAAAUACCAUCUACUAUCACCAUCAUUUCAUAAAAGAGGGGUCAUUUUAAUGCCAGAAAAUAAGAUGGUUAUAAAUUCAGUCAUUCAAGUUGAAUGACUUUUACCUUGAAAAGACCUCACACUGCUCUCAUUUCCCUAUUGACGAGUGAGAAUUUCACUGUGGGCCAUCAAAUAUCUGAGGACCUUUGUAUGGGGAACCUCUGCUGUAGAAUAGACCAUGCUCUCUUUUAACCUCAGGGUCUUCGCAUUUCCUUCUCUCAUCUGGAACUCUCUUUCCACUUUUUUUGCACCCUUUCACCUGAUCAACUCCCACUUACCCUAUAGGUCUCAGCUGAGAUGUUGCUUCCUCUAGGAUGGGAAGCCUCAGCACAGAACUUGUCAUGCCAUAUUAUAGAUGCCUGUGUUCCCUGCUGUCUUCCCACUAGACUAUAAGGUCUAUGAGAGUAGGUUCUAUGUUUGUUUUGUUUUCCAGUGCUUUCUCAGGGCCAAACACAUUCCCUAGAGCAUGGAGUUCAAUAAUUGUUUGUUGAAAUAUAUUGAAUAAGUGACAAAAAUAAUCAGUGACAUCAUGGUGAAAUAAUAGUUUUAAAUUUGAGUGAGUUAUGUAAUCUUGUAAUUAUUUAAUGCUAUUAUUCUUAGAUUUUAAUAGUGUAUUUUUCUUAUAUUUAUUUUUACCUUGUUACUGUAUUCUUUAAACAGUAAUAUCUCACUGGUCUGUAAAGUUUUCAAGUUGUAUUUAGCUUUAGUUACCUUUGAAAGAUAAAUAACUAUGAAAAAAAUCAUACAAUUAGGGCUAUAAUUUUAACUUCUUGUAUUCCCUAGAGGAUAUAUUUUAUAUGUAAGUUAAACUGUAAUGUAUUUAUAUUUAAUUGCAACAUCUUGUAUACAAGAUUUUAUUAUUAUUGUGUUGCACUCUUAGACGUGGUUAAAUGUAUUGUUACCUAAAAAUAUUACUCUAAUGAAUAAAAAAUCAUAUUGAGGUUAUAAGUCUGCUUUAUGAUACUUCAUACAUUAAACUUUUGC